AUGGAUAUGCAAACAGAACCCUUAGAUUUAUCAACAAAAGGCAAAAAACUAAACAAAAUGAUAAACAUAAUCGACUUCAAGUUCUUAGAAGGGCUGAAUAAUCAUUUAGUCAAGUUGUAUGAAAGGACCAGCUUGGUUUGUGGCAAGGAAAGUUUCUGCCUGCCUCAGAAGACUACGAAUAUGAAGAACAUACUCCCAUGUCAAGUUUGCUUGAAGACCUUCGACCGACCUUCCUUGCUGAAGAGGCAUAUGAGGACGCAUACAGGCGAAAAGCCACACAUUUGUAACGUGUGCAAUAAGGGCUUCAGCACAUCUAGCUCACUAAACACGCACAGGAGAAUACACACCGGUGAAAAACCCCAUAAAUGUCCAGAAUGUGGCAAAUGUUUCACUGCUAGUUCCAACUUGUACUAUCAUCGGAUGACCCACACGAAGAGCAAGCCCCACAAGUGCGCGUGUUGCCCGCGCUCGUUCCCGACGCCGGGCGAGCUGCGCGCGCACGCGGCCGCCGCGGGGCACGCCUGGCCACUGCGGCCAUGGACUCUUACACGUAUGGACAUUCCUAUCGUACAGUAA